CCUCGAAGGCUCAAGCGUAACGAGUUGAGAUCUAGGGUUUUGAAGGAUUGGGUUUUUCCGGAGUGUUUUAGAGGAGCCGACGACCAAAAAAGGAAAGAAAAGAGAGGAAAUCAUCAUCUUUUUCCCUUUUUUUUCGCUGUUCCUAACCUCUUCCUCUUCCAGAGAUAUCAGAGUGAAGCUUGUAAACACUUGCUAUUUUUUAAUCGAUUUUCAAGGAAUAGAAGUGCGAUUUUUCUACAAUCUCAGUUGUUGUGUUCUGCCUGGAAAAUUUUACAUAUAAAAAUUUUCUGUUCUUAUUAUGUGCUGCCUAAAUUUCUUGUAGACAAAGUGCAUUUUUGCUUAGUGAAUGAGUAGCAAUUGCAAAAUGGAUGUUGGAAUCUGAUGCAAGUUUGAUCCUUUGAAUAUGCUGCUGCUUAUCCUUGAUUUUCAUGUGCUUUAUGAAAUAAGGUUUUUCGAUUAUUUCUAACUGGUCAUAGCAUUGCGAAGUAUGCAGUAUAUAGGAAUCUUCAUUUAUGGCUUCUGAGCUUAUUUGAAUUUAAUAUUCAUGUUAUAUGGUACAAGCUGUGUUCUGCUUCUGUCACAAGCUCUGAACGAUAUGAAUUUCAUGACAAUGAGCUUGAAAACUCCUUGUACAUACUGCCAUUUCAAAUUGAUUUCCAUACCCUUUCAUUUGGAUAUCCAAUUUAAGAGGUUGUGGUUGAACUAGACUCACUGCAUCCCUAAGUGUGUUGGUUAAAGUUGGACUACCUUUGGCAAAACAAAAUAAAGCAGAUUAAAGAAGAUGCCACUGUUCAGUGCCGAACAGGUCCAUAAGCUAUGGGAUACUUGGAAUAUCAGAGGACUGAUUAUUCUAAGCCUCUUUGUACAGUCUUUCCUAAUUUUGCUUGCACCAUUAAGAAAGCAAAGAGGUGGGAAAUGGGUCAUCAUGACUCCACUCUGGAUAGCAUAUCUGCUUGCAGAUUGGGUGGCUACAUUUACCAUUGGACUCAUGUUGCGUACUGAUGAACGCAUUGACAUCUUGGUUUUUUGGGCACCCUUUCUUUUGUUGCAUCUUGGUGGUCCCGACACUAUUACUUCCUUCUCUCUGGAAGAUAAUGAAUUAUGGAUUAGGCACUUGCUUGGGCUCAUUUUACAAGUUGGUUCGACUAUCUAUGUCAUAUUUCAGUCACUCCCACAUAACAAACUUUGGCUGCCAUCCCUCCUAGUUUUAAUUGCAGGGAUAAUCAAAUAUGCUGAGCGCAACUAUGCCUUUUAUCUUGCAAGCUUUCACCAUUUUGGGAAUAAUUGGACAUAUCUAACAAGUAAUGUCCCCUAUGAACGUCUUUCAAUGCCUCCCAUUCCAGGACAAUUUAAACAAGCUCAUCAACCACGGCUUUUUAAGGUUUGGAGAAACUAUGAACCGUGGUCGAUAAUUCUUGCAGCAGCAUGCACGGUUGGCGCUAUCAAGAGCUUAAUUGUAGGUCCUCCCUUGACUAAACAAGAACAACAGUUUUUUUGUUAUUUUAUGCAAAACAGAGAUUCACAUGAGAUGCUUCGAACCAUAAAGAUCCAAUUAAGCCUCUUGUAUGAGUUUCUUCACACCAAGUUGCCCAUGGUUGAUUCCAAGAUUGGUUAUAUUUGCCGCGCGGUAAACUUUGGUUGCAUCUUGGGAGCCUUGGUGUCAUUCUCAAUAUUCCUUAAGAAGUACCACCAUAAUAAGUUGGGGGAGUUUGACAUCUACUUGACAUAUGGGUUGUUGAUUGGGGCAGUGGCAUUGGAUUUGAUAUCCAUCUGGUUGCUCAUGUCCUCUGAUUGGAUUGUUAUUAGGCAAUACUCUGACAAAAAGAAUUAUGAUGAAUUCAUUGAUAGGCAGAGGUGGUCUAACUCAGUUCCACAAUUAAAUAUUUUUGCUUGUCAUUUCAAGAACAAAGAUGGAGAAUUGGUUGAUUUUCUUGGCACAAGGAGUUUGUUUGAAACUAUAAGAAGAAUCCAAUGUGUGUCCCAUGAAAAUUUUGUAGAAGAACAAGUUUGGGAGCUCAUAUUUAUAACGCUACAAGAAAAGGGUAUUGGCAUUGCUGGCACGGAAAUCUUUGGUCCAUCUAGAAUUCUCACCGGUCAUAUUACCAACUUUGCUUGGACCUUCAGUAAGUUUGAAUACAUGGAAAGCCUCCUGAUAUGGCACAUAGCCAGUGAAAUAUGCUACCAAAAAGGAUGUGCAGAUAACAGCCCCAGCAGUUCUACCUCUACAUCUAAUGAUCGUUUUGACCACCGAAAAAUAUGCAAGUUGAUUUCAGAUUAUAUGUUUUGCCUUUUGGUGAUGGAGCCUACUCUGACAGCCACCUCGCCUAACCAUUUGAAGAUAAUUUUUGAGGUCACAGACUUUGAUGGAAAAUGGAAGUGGCCAAGUUAUUGGGAGAAGGGAUCCAAAGAAACAUUCAUUAAAGAUCUGGAAAAGCUAUUGGAAGAAGAUGAUGAAAAUGCUUAUAUAGAUGUCGAUAUGUUGAAGGAAGAUGUGGACAAGUUACCUCCCGAUGAAAAAGCGCAUCGAAAGCUGCGUAUAGCUAGAUUUUCAAGAAUAGCUAUUGCACGUUUUCUUGCCAAGGAGCUCCUCAAUCAGCCCGAUGGUUGUCCAUGGGAAUUAAUGAGCAGAUUUUGGAUAGAAAUAGUAUGUCAUGCUGCUAUUAAUUGCCAACCCAUUGUCCAUGCACGACAAGUAAGCAAAGGUGGACAACUUCUUACUUUGGUUUGGUUAGCAGAGAUCUAAUUUUUUUUGGUAAAAUCAUUCCUGAAGCCCUCAAACUUGCCCCAUUUUAAGCAAAUAUGCCGUAAAUUAAAAAAAAAAAAAGGGAAAUAACCACUUUUUUUUUUU